CCGCCCCCGCCUCGCCAUCGCCUAGCGGUGUUCAGCACGGACAGCAAGCGCCGCACGACCGAGCGCAGAGCGCACCUGGGCCCCGCAGAGGUAUUCCUGUUGGCUCCCUCCUGGGUUCUUUUUUUUUUCGGGGCAAAGAAUAGCGGACAGACGCAGAGCCCCGACGUCAGCAUGCCAGGUAGACAGUGAAGGGGGGGGGGGGGCUUUGGGUCGUGAGGAGGAGGGGGAGUAGCACUGCGGGUGUGCUUCGGGUGGCGCGUCUCCAUCGCGUUGAACACGGUUCGGGGAUCGGAGCGCGCUCGGACGCACGGAGGAUGAUGGACGGCUGGCCGCCGCUGCUGCUGCUCGCUGUCCUCGCCAUUGCGGGAGGCGGCCUCGGGGCAGACACAGAGGAGCGCCUGGUGGAGCAUCUCUUAAACCCCGCCCACUACAACAAGCUGAUCCGCCCCGCGACCAAUGGCUCCGAGCUGGUCACCGUGCAGCUGAUGGUGUCGUUGGCUCAGCUCAUCAGCGUGCAUGAAAGAGAGCAAGUGAUGACCACCAAUGUCUGGCUAACACAGGAGUGGCAGGACUAUCGGCUGACUUGGGUCCCCGAGGAGUUUGACGGGAUGUUGAAGGUCAGGCUGCCCUCCAAACACAUCUGGCUGCCUGACGUGGUGCUCUACAACAACGCCGACGGCGUGUACGAGGUGUCCUUCUACUCCAACGCGGUGGUUUCCUACGACGGCAGUAUCUUCUGGUUGCCCCCGGCCAUCUACAAGUCGGCCUGCAAGAUCGAGGUCAAGCACUUCCCCUUCGACCAGCAGAACUGCACGCUGCGCUUCCGCUCCUGGACCUACGACCGCACCGAGAUCGAUCUGGUCCUCCGCGCCGACGUGGCCAGCAUGGACGACUUCACGCCCAGCGGCGAGUGGGACAUCAUCGCCCUGCCGGGCCGACGGAACGAGAACCCGGCCGACCCCACCUACGUGGACAUCACGUACGACUUCAUCAUUCGCAGGAAGCCACUUUUUUACACCAUCAACCUCAUCAUCCCGUGCGUGCUCAUCACCUCGCUGGCCAUCCUGGUCUUCUACCUGCCCUCCGACUGCGGCGAGAAGAUGACGCUGUGCAUCUCCGUGCUGCUGGCCCUCACCGUGUUCCUGCUGCUCAUCUCGAAGAUCGUCCCCCCUACGUCGCUGGACGUCCCGCUCGUGGGGAAGUACCUGAUGUUCACCAUGGUCCUGGUCACUUUCUCCAUCGUCACCAGCGUGUGCGUGCUCAACGUGCACCACCGCUCGCCGACCACGCACACCAUGCCGCCGUGGGUCAAACUGGUGUUCCUCAACAAGCUUCCCGCCUUGCUCUUCAUGCGCCAGCCCAGGAACAGCUGCGAGCGUCAGAGGCUGCGCCAGAGACGGCGGGCCCAGGAGCAGAAGGAGGGGGGGCGCGGCGGGGAGGCGGGGGCCCUGAUGGUGGGCCUCGGGCUGGGCAAUAGGGGCGGGACCUCCACGGGGGUGUUCGGCAAGGAGGACAGUGACCCGUGUACCUGCUACGUGAACCGGGCGUCCGUCAAGCAGUUCGGGGGGGAUCUGGUCGGGGCAGGCGGGGGGUCCGUGGAUAGUCUGAACAGGGUGAGGGAGAGCCGGGAAGGGGGGGCCUCUGGAAACACGCCACGGGGGAAGCAAGCGGCAGGAGGUCCCGCUUUGACUCAGGCCCUGCUGGCUCAAGCCUGUCCGGGCUUUGAGGAGGCCGUGGAAGGGGUUCGCUUCAUCGCCAACCACAUGAAGAGUGAGGAUGAUGAUCAGAGCGUGAGCGAGGACUGGAAGUACGUUGCCAUGGUGAUCGACCGCCUCUUCCUGUGGAUCUUUGUGUUUGUGUGUGUUUUUGGGACACUGGGCAUGUUCAUGCAGCCGCUUUACCAGAAUUACACAGUCAAGACCAUCACCAGCUCGCCAGGCUGACCAAUCCCUGGCCGAGAACACGCUGACCUGACAGCUCCCCCGACCAAUCAGCACAGCAGGACAAGAACCAGAGGCGGGGGCUUGGGCGGGGGGGGGCAGGUCUGGGUUCUACUGUGUUGACGGAACUGGAAACCAGGACUGGAAUCACCUCCAUUACCUUUAUAGUAACGUUUUUGCAACGAACAAACAGUUUUUCUUGGAUGAAGUAACAAAGGAAAACCCCCAUCAUACUUUUACCUGCUUUUUGCCCAGAUGUUUUAUGGACUAACCUCCCCUUUCUGGUGGAAAGGUCUCUCCUUGCUCCCCCUCUUCAGCCAGUCAGGGAAUGAGGAUGCUCUGAUUUACUCCUUGUUGGACCUCAUGCCAGCCUCUCAACACUCUGCCCGACGAUGACACAGGACGUGUUUCUACUAUGACAUUACUCGCCCUCGGGAUUGACGGGUGUCACAGGGAGCUAAUCAGAAAGCGAAGGGGAGGUUCAUAUCAAAAUUCUUAUACAUGUGUUUGAUUUUUUUCCGAUAUCCACUUUGUCAGUGAGCUGAUUCUGUUUAUUUGAUCAUAGCAUAGCGGCUUACCACAGUAUAGCAUUAGGAAUAUAUUAUUGAGAUUUCUCUAUGUGUUAGCUCAUUCAAGGGUCUGCUGCUGAUAGAGAGGCUACGGUGUGUUGUAUGAUUGUAUAGAUUAAACAAGAAUGUGAUAUAAACUGUACUACACAGCCUGGUAAAUGCACACUAAUACACAACGUGUACAAGCGAGAGAUUGUGAAGGAAAAUACAUAGAGGGGACUUGAAUUAUUCAAUCUGCUUUCGGUUGCUUAUUUAUUAUUAUUUGAUGAAAGAGAUAAAGUAAUAUAUGCAUGGGCUCACUAAAACAGAGGACAGCAGCAGGCCGCUGUGCCAGGGAGCACAGCUGCAGUCAGAUGAGUUUGGCUCCAGAAACCGAGGAGGAAUCCGAGCCAAGGAGGUGGACACCGACUCUCACAUGAAGGACGGUGGAACACGAUUUCCCUCAAAUCGAGUGUCCGCUGAGGAGCUCAGAUGUGACCGAACAGAGAUCAGCAUUAGAAAAAGUAAACGUGUAAAUGAAAUUGUAGUGACGGGAAGGAAGAGAAAAAUGAAGCUGUUUUGUGUGUUAAUCUGUAAUUUCAUAUUUCUGUGUGUAACCCUCCCGAGCAUACAUGAAUGCCUCUGUCUGCCCCACAUCCAGAUGUACUAUCACAUCCGUCCGUUACGGUGUUCAGAUAACCUACUGUAUGCGUCGCGCCUCCCCCCUCCUUCCUUAUCUGCUCUUCCACAGACCAACACAUUUCUGACAUUUAGUCCAAUUACCUACAUUCUCUAAAGACCCCUUCAUUACAACCGACCAGCUAAUCUGUCUUUUCUGCCCCACGCUCGGCGGCCUCACCGACGACCAAGCCAGAAAACAAAAGGCCGUUUCAGGGAUGCAGGGAGUGGAGGUGAAAUCCGUUUUCCAAUAUGGAAGAGAGAAAUGACACGAGGGGCCUAUGCUGAAGCAGUCGCACAUCGCAAUAAGUUACAGAUGAAAAAACAAAACACAGAAAUGGUUUUUGGCUUAAUGAAGAUGUCGAAUGCGGUAAAGAAAUGGAUAGUCUGACCACAGCAAGCACCAUGCGGAUGGUGAGGAGGAAUGAAGCGGGAUGGGCAGAGACCAGAUGUUUGUGUUGUUACUCUGCCGCAAAGUCACGUUAACCUCUGAAGAAACGCUGUCUGCUCCUCAGUCACUGUCACUCGCUGUGAUGCUGUCUGCAGCAUCAGUUGUGUACCGGGGAGCUGUCCGUUUCUCUCUCUCUCUCUCUGUCUCUAGAGGAUAGGAUUACCCAAGGGGGGG